AUGGAUAGAAGAACAAGGAUAGGAAUGGUUGGCGACGAAGAAACUCUGUUUGGAUUCCUGAUCGCAGGGAUAGAAAACACAAACGAAAACCCGAAUCUUGUGUAUGUCACAUACGAUACACCUGAAGAAGACCUGAGGAAGAGCUUCCGUGCGCUUACAAGCAGGGAUGACCUUGCAAUGAUACUGAUAUGUGAUUUUGUAGCCGAGAGAAUAGAGGAUGAUGUAAGCAAAUACAAAGAGACAAUCCCUGCAAUACUUAUUAUUCCUUCAAAGUGUAAGCGCACAUAG